ACCGCCCUGCGAGCCCGAGAGUUGGCCGCUCGAGCAGCCGGCCUCCCGCAGGAGCCCAGGGACCGCGCGGCGGCGGCCUGAGAGCGGUGGCCGCGGAGCUUGGAGACCCGCAGCCGCGGCGGCGGCGGCGGCAACGAGAGCUGCGCCUCCCGCCGCCGCCCGGGAGGAGCUCGCCGCGCCCGCUCGCCGCCGGGGCUCCCAGAGGCGGCGGCGGGAGGCGCGUCUCCCGGCCCAGUCGGCGCCGAGCCCCGUGGGGCUGCCCCGGCCGCUCGGAGGAAAAACUGUAUAGGAAAUCUAAUGGAUGAAGAUGAGAAAGACAGGGCAAAGAGAGCUUCUCGAAAUAAGUCUGAGAAGAAACGUCGGGACCAGUUCAAUGUUCUUAUCAAAGAGCUUAGCUCUAUGCUCCCUGGCAACACUCGGAAAAUGGACAAAACCACCGUGCUGGAGAAAGUCAUCGGAUUUUUGCAGAAACACAAUGAAGUCUCAGCGCAAACAGAAAUCUGUGACAUUCAACAGGACUGGAAGCCUUCAUUCCUCAGUAACGAAGAAUUCACCCAGCUGAUGUUGGAGGCACUGGACGGCUUCAUCAUUGCUGUGACAACGGAUGGUAGCAUCCUCUAUGUUUCUGACAGCAUCACCCCUCUCCUUGGACAUUUACCGUCGGAUGUCAUGGAUCAGAAUUUGUUAAAUUUUCUUCCAGAACAAGAACAUUCAGAAGUUUAUAAAAUGCUUUCUUCUCACAUGAUUGUGACUGAUUCCCCUUCCCCAGAAUACUUAAAAUCUGACAACGAUUUAGAGUUUUAUUGCCAUCUUCUCAGAGGCAGCUUGAACCCAAAGGAAUUUCCAACUUAUGAAUAUAUAAAAUUCGUAGGAAAUUUUCGCUCUUACAACAAUGUGCCUAGCCCCUCCUGUAAUGGCUUUGACAGCACCCUCUCAAGGCCUUGCCGAGUACCAUUAGGAAAAGAGGUCUGCUUCAUUGCCACUGUUCGCCUGGCAACACCACAAUUCUUAAAGGAAAUGUGCAUAGUUGACGAACCUUUGGAAGAAUUUACUUCAAGGCAUAGCUUGGAAUGGAAAUUUUUAUUUCUGGAUCACAGAGCCCCUCCAAUCAUAGGAUACCUGCCUUUUGAAGUCUUGGGUACCUCAGGCUAUGACUACUACCACAUAGACGACCUGGAGCUCCUGGCCCGGUGUCAUCAGCACCUGAUGCAGUUUGGCAAAGGGAAGUCGUGUUGCUACCGGUUUCUGACCAAAGGCCAGCAGUGGAUUUGGUUACAGACCCACUACUACAUCACCUACCACCAGUGGAACUCCAAGCCCGAGUUCAUUGUGUGCACACACUCGGUUGUCAGUUAUGCAGAUGUCCGAGUGGAAAGGAGGCAGGAGCUGACUUUGGAAGACCCACCGUCAGAGGCCAUCCACCCUUCGGCACUAAAGGACAAGGGCUCAAGCCUGGACUCCCAGCAGCACUUUAAUGCCCUUGAGAUGGGCACCUCUGGCCUCACCACCAGCCUCUCGCCAUCAGAAUCCUCAAGAAGUUCCCAUAAGUCCUCACACACAGCCAUGUCAGAGCCCAGCUCCACUCCAAGCAAGCUGAUGGCGGAAGCCAGCACCACGGCUUUGACAAGAUCAGCCACCCUGCCCCAGGAACUUCCCGUGUCAGGGCUCAGUCAGGCUGCCACGAUACCGCUGCCCCUGCCCGUUGUAUCAUCCUGUGACCUCACACAGCAACUUCUGCCUCAAACCAUCUUACAGAGCCCACCCACCCCUGUGACGCAGUUUUCCGCACAGUUCAACAUGUUCCAGACCAUCAAAGACCAGCUGGAGCAGCGGACAAGGGUUCUCCAGGCCAACAUCCGGUGGCAGCAAGAAGAACUUCACAAGAUCCAGGAGCAGCUCUGCCUGGUCCAGGACUCCAACGUCCAGAUGUUUUUCCAGCAGCCAGCAGUGUCCCUGAGCUUCAGCAGCACACAGCGUCCUGAGGCUCAGCAGCAACUCCCACAGAGGUCAGCUCCAGCAACCCAGCCACAACUCACAGCCAGCCCUCCACUUCUAGCACAGAUCUCCCCAGCCCAGGUGACAAACCUGCUCAGAGAGUCGAGUGUGCUAUCUGCCCUGGGUCCAAAGCCGAUGAGAAGUUCACAGCUGAUACAGGGGAGUGGACAACUGACACCUCCGUUUAGCAGCACGACCGCUGUUCUCCCCACUCUGAGCCUGACCACACCUGCUUCCACCUCACAGGAUGCCAGCCAGUGCCAGCCCAGCCCAGACUUCAGCCAUGACCGGCAGCUCAGGCUGCUGCUGAGCCAGCCCAUCCAGCCCAUGAUGCCUGGGUCCUGUGACGCAAGGCAGUCCUCAGAGGUCAGCAGGACUGGACGGCAAGUCAAGUAUCCACAGAGCCAGGCUGUGUUUCAAAAUCCAGAUGUGCACACCACCAGCAGCAGCACCUCAACCCCUGUCCUGCUGAUGGGGCAGGCAGUGCUUCACCCCAGCUUCCCCACCUCCCAGCAGUCACCCCUGCAGCCUACACAGGCCCAGCAACAACAAACACAGCACUUCUUACAGGUACAGGUGCCAACCUCCUUGCACAGUGAGCAGCAGGACUCCCUACUUCUCUCCGCCUACACCCAGCAGCCAGGCACCCUGGGCUACCCUGCACCUCAGCCCCCGUCCUCACGCCCUUCCCGAAGGGUCAGCAGCCUGUCUGAGUCUGCAGGCCUCCAGCAGUCACCCCGGUAGUGUCCCUACACCUCAGUUGGGUCACAGUCAGCUUUAACCAAUGCACAAGCAAGCGGUCAUGGGAGCUGGGAAGAGGAGUUUGAACUGAACACUUGGCUUCUGUGCACACUGCAAAUGCUUCAGGACUCCCGGAUGGUAACAGUCUCCCAGAGUGCAAUGCAGAUAUGUGGAGAAUGAUCAGUGUGGCUACUCUUCCCUCACCACCGUGCCUCUCUGGCACACUCUACAGCCAUAUUCAGAUUGGAAUUAAGUGGCCACAUAAGCAUCUUUACACAGUUUACCUUAGCAGAAGGCACACCCCGCCGUAUCCUCCCAAGAGUACACUGGCUACUCCAGCCAGCUGGCCCAUCCACAUAUGCAGGUUGGCCUUCACUCUCAGAUCCUCUUUCCUUUGCACUCUAGAAGCACUGGGUCAGAGAUUUCACAAGAGGGAGAAUAAAUAAAGAGAUUAUGUCCCACUAUUUGAAAGUGGUUACCUUUAUUGCACUUUGCACAACUGCGCAGAGGCAAGAGCUUAGGCACUUUCAGUUUUAAAAAAUAAUAAGGUCUCAUAACUUCAUUUGGAGCUCACCAAUUAGAUAGCAAAGUUAUUAUGAACCAGGCUCAGACCCACACCCUCUGGCCCAACCCCUAAUGGACUGAGGCUCUUCACAUCACACUGUCCUGGUGAUUAUUUUGUUUCCUCUAAAUGUAACACUGGACUGUUUCCUGUUUACUUCAUUGAUUACAACUACAAAGGCAGGCUCAAAGCAAAGCACAAUCAUGCAGCUGUUGUUGUGGAAUUCAGUUGAGAACUCUAUAAAACUGAAGAGAGAGAGGUUUCACAAGCCAGGUAGGCCUGUGGUACUCCAGGACCCUAAGGAAACCCCACCACGUGCUGGCCCUUUGAGUGAGAAUGCUGCAUCUUUCUAUCUUUCACGAUAAGAUCGAGGAUUGGAUUUUCCUUUUCAAAAUGCACUUUGCUUUUUUUUUUUUUUUUGUAUGUUUUGUUAUGUCGAGAUGUUUCUAGAGAAAAGAUUUUAUGUAAUUAUAAGAUGAAGUGCAGUGAAUUGUACAGCUGUUGUAAUAAUGACCUAUUUCUAUAUAAAAUAAAAUUGUACGGAUUAUGUGUAAAUUAUUUUGUAUCUGAGAUACCGGUUCCUUUCCCAAAUAUAAAAGUAUAAAAGCUUUCUUGUGUUUUUCUGUGAGUGAACAUUUUAUAAUAAAUUAACAAAUUUGUUACACUUUC